CGUCAUUCAUUCGAAAAAUACAAAGUGGGGUGAUAGAUAAUUUUUCAUACAUUUCUAAUAAAUUAUAUUCGAAUAAAGAAAAAGAGAGAAUUGCAACGUGAUAGUGUUGAUAACAAUACAUUCUUAUCUAUCUUAUUAAUCCGCUUAUAUUUUAUAGGUACGCGUAAAAUUUGAGUAUUUUCGUCCCAGUAACCAAUUCGUAGUUAUCUCAAAACUUGUUUAUUGAAAGUGAGGUCGGACUUUGACUCCGAUAAAUUAUUGCCCUGAGUACCGUUGGCGAAUCAUUUCGGUGUCGUCUGUCGAGCAGAAUGGAUCAACUUAGGUUUGAUGGUCGUGUGGCGGUGGUGACCGGUGCCGGGGGUGGUCUAGGCAAGGAGUACGCUCUGCUGCUGGCCUCCAGGGGCGCUAAAGUGGUUGUCAAUGACCUGGGCGGCGGCCGCGACGGCUCCGGCAAAUCUACCUUCGCCGACGCUGUAGUCAAGCAAAUCAAAGACAAUGGUGGGCAAGCUGUUGCCGAUUACAACUCUGUUGUUGAGGGUGAGAAAAUUAUCAAAACAGCUUUGGAUAACUUUGGACGAGUGGACAUUCUCAUCAACAAUGCUGGUAUUCUGCGAGAUAAGAGCUUCGGGAAGAUGACUGAACAGGAUUGGGACUUGAUCUACGCAGUGCACUUGAAGGGCGCCUACAAGACCACUCAAGCUGCGUGGGAAAUCUUCCGAAAGCAGAAGUAUGGCCGCAUCAUCAUGACCUCCAGCAAUGCAGGCAUCUUUGGCAACUUUGGACAGGCCAACUACAGUGCUGCGAAACUGGGUCUGAUUGGUCUAGCGAACACGCUGGCAAUCGAGGGCGCCAAGUACGACAUUAAGGUGAACACGAUCGUGCCCACAGCCGCGUCGCGCCUCACCGAGGACAUCCUGCCCCCAGACAUGUUCAAGGCCAUGAAGCCCGACCUCAUCGCGCCUGUUGUUGCAUACAUGGUGCACGAAUCGUUCCCCGACACGGGAGCCAUCAUUGACUCUACACUUGGCUUUGGUAUCAAAGCACACUUCGUCAGAAGCGAGGGUGCUCCUCUUAGGAAGAAGCCUACAGACCCAGUGACCAUCGAGUCGGUUAAGGAGAACUGGUCGAAGGUAGUCAACAUGAAGAAUGCCAAACACACCAAACAGAUAUCUGAAGUCACUCUGGAUUUGGUUGAGAAACUCCAGGACUUCGAGGAACGCAGCAAAUUGGAUGGUGACCGCGAAUCCUACUGGUCCAACUACAGCUAUAACGCUAAAGACCUCACCCUCUACGCUAUUGGAGUGGGCGCAUCUACAACAAACGAAAGCGACCUGAAGUUCCUGUACGAGUCGCACGAGAACUUCGCGGCGCUGCCGACGUACUUCAUCCUGCCCGGCAUGGCCAUGGAAUCGCCGCUCGUCGGGCAAGCUAUGCCGCCCGGGAAACACGCAGACUUUACUAACAUCCUUCACGGCGAACAGUACAUCGAGUUCGUGGGCGACCUCCCCGGCACUGAGGGAGAGUUCACGACGCGCUCCUACGUCGUCGAUGUGCUCGACAAGGGGUCCAGUGCUGUUGCCGUCGUCAACAGCGAGAUCUACCAAAACAAGGAGCUGUUGUAUCGCACGCAGCAGCACAUCUUCGUGUUGGGGCAGGGCGGGUUCGGCGGACCGCGCAACUCUGCCAAGGCCACGGAAGUGGCGCCUGCGCCCAAGCGAGCGCCCGAUGCUGUUGCUGAACAACGCACUGCUGAGGACCAGGCCGCUCUUUACAGGCUAUCUGGCGACCUGAACCCUCUCCACAUCGACCCGAAUGUAGCGUCCAUCAGCGGUCACUCUAAGCCCAUCCUCCACGGCCUUGCUUCUCUGGGAUUCUCUGCAAGACACGUUUUGGCUAAGUAUGGUGGCAACGACCCUGCGAACGUUAAAGCUCUGAAGGCGCGCUUCGUGAAGCCCGUGGUUCCCGGACAGACGCUCGUCACGGAGAUGUGGCUCGAAGGCAAACGAGUCUUCUUCCAGACCAAGACCAAGGAGACUGGCAAUGUAGUUAUUGCAGGCGCUUACAUCGACCUCAAGAACGUAGUAUCAGGCGGUGCGUCUAGCGCGCCUGCGCAGUCUGCCAGCUCAUCAGGCCCGCUGAAGAGUGACGGCCUUUUCGCCAAGAUCAAGCAGGAGGUCGACAAGAACCAAGCCAUGGCCAAGAGUGUCGGAGGGAUCUUCCUUUACAACCUCACCGAGAACGGAAAGACUAUCAAACAGUGGACCUUGGACCUAAAGACCCCAGCUGUCUACGAAGGCGCACCGAAAUCAGGCAAAGCUGAUACGACCCUGUCAGUGUCCGACGGAGAUAUGAUUGAAAUCGCCGCGGGAACGCUCAGCCCGCAAGUUGCGUAUCUGAAGGGAAAACUCAAGAUUGCUGGCAACAUUAUGCUCGCCCAGAAACUAGGACCUUUGCUCAAGUCUGAAGCUAAGUUGUAAAUAUGUAUAGGGUUUAUGGGAUUCAAGUUAUAUUUAGCAAUAAAGACCCGAGUAUUUGUGAAGUAAAGGUAAAAGAAGAUUAAGGCUGUAUAUCAUUGUUAGAACUGAUUAUUAUGAUUUAUUAUGUAUUGAGAGAUUAAUGCUCUUCAAUCUUAUGCAUAAUUAUGUAUUUAAAAUUGUAUUUACAAUAUUCAAAUUUUAUAAUUGUUACCAAUUCCAUUAGAUAUAAGGUUAAACCGUUAUUUUUGUAAUGGUGAAGGAAAAUAUAACACUUUUUUAAA